ACUGUACAAAUAAUAAUGUCGCGGCACGACGAGAAAGUAUCUCCUUUACGUCCAUCCGGGUUGACGGAGCAGGCCUACCCUACCGAGCACUCGCAACUCGCCUGCCCUCCUUGGGAGCAUCGCUUCGUUGAAGCUCCCGAAAAUCAGGGAGAGCCUUCUUGGCCUUGGCUGCCGCUGCUGGUUGCCGCUGCUGCUGCUGCUGCUCUCUUCCCGAGUCACUCCCCCUCCUUCGCCUCGUUUUCGUUCCACAGUUUCAAUCUCGCCGCGCCCCCGGAGCCCUGCUGCUCUGCUGCUCUGCUGCUCUGCUGCCCUGCUGCCCCAGUAUUUCACUCGUUCAGACGUACGUCGCCCAAUCCAAAGCCCGGGAGUACGCAGGGCUUGUCCAGAGGCCAACAGGAGAGCAGGACAGGCUGACAGCAGGCCAGGCGAAACCACCAACCACCAACCACCAACCGCCCAACCGCAGGCAGCUCCAGGGCUUCGGGGGAGAAAAACCUCGAGCGCCACCAAGCUGCGCUGCUCCCAUCCACAGCGCACCCACCCCUGGCCUGUGAGGGUCGACCACCGGGUUUCUGGGCCCAUCUGCAUCUGGUGGCCCCCAUCUGCAAUGCUGCACUUGUCUCUCGCUCGCCGCCGCCGCUCGCUGGCCUCAGCUUCACCCUCG